AUGUCUGCCGUUACUGCUUCUCCUGCUGCUGCCAUUCCUGCCACUGAGGCUCCUGCCUGCCAUGUUAACAAGCCCAAGCCUUGCUGCGUCUGCAAAGAUGAAAAGUCUGUCCGUGAUGAGUGCCUUCUUUUCAACGGCCAGGAAUCUGGAAAGUGCGACGAAUUUAUCACCAAGUACAAGACUUGCAUGAAGGGCUUUGGCUUUGAAAUUUAA